UUGACGAUUGAGUGUAACUAUCAUUUUAUUCGUUCAAAAACGAUAAACGUUGAAGUUUUGGUACUGACGGCAACUCGUCUGAUUUUGACAACUGCCCAAAAUUUACAUGAGGAUGUUGAGUAUCUAUAUAAACACGCCAAUUUAAUUCUACAUUAUUGUUUAGAAUACUGUCUUAAAAUGUCAUCAGAAGAAAAUUUCAAGAAAGGAGCCGCUGAGGCAAUAGUUGGCUUUUUAAAUGCCAAUGUUGCUAAGUCAGGACUUUCAAAUAUCGACAAGGAAUUGAAAAAGGAUUUUGUGCUUGCUAAAAAACGGAGUAAAGAUCAAAAGAGAAGAGCUUCAAAGAAAAAAGUUCGCUGUCUAACAAGAGCUGAGAAGAAGGAGCUAGGUUUUUAUGCAAUACCAAGGAAAGGAGUACAAUACAAAGAGGUUCUACCACUAAAUAAAAUAUGGCUGCAAUAUAUCAGUGAAGUGCUAGAAUUAGAUAACUCUAUACCUGACCCCACAAGUAAAGCAUGGGAAAACUUCACACAGACGCUAUAUAGAGCCGAUUUUCAUGGAAGUUUUUUAAAAGUUACAAGGUCUAAAUGCCCUAGUUUAGUUGAUAAAAGUGGUAUUUGUAUAAUGGAUACUAGGAAUACAUUUAAAAUUGUAUCAGAAAAUAACAUAACUAGCACUAUACCAAAAAGAGACUGUGUGUUUCAAAUGGAUUUAAAUAAAUGUAAAAUUACAUUAUUUGGGAAACUUUUGUGUGUGCGGCCAGCAGAGCGGUCAACUAAAAAGAUUAAAGGACAUAUACAUCCUGAUUUAUAAUAUUCUGAAGUAUGUAACAAAUAAAAGCCUAAUUUCCUUUUAA